CAAAUUGAAAUAACCAUCAAAAACCUUCAACGAUUGAUUGAAGAUAAAAAAGUUGAAUUAAAAGAUAUAGAAACAUUUCCCGAAAUAACAAACCUAUUAAUUAAACAAUUAAUAGAAUUAGAAAUUAAUAAUGGAAUGAAGUCAAUCAUGUGGAUAUAUGAUAGAUUUGGUGAUGAUAGUGAUUACAAUGUAUUAACACACGAAUCAAAAGGUUUAAUCAUUCGAGAAUUAUUAAAGUACAAACUAAGGGAAAAGGCGGUAAUGAUAAUGCAAAAGAUGUUAAUCGAUGAUAAUUAUAUACCCGAAUCUUCAUUAAUUCAUGAGUUGAUCGAUAACCUCGGUCGUAGAUCUAAUAAUGGAUAUUCUAAUAUGAACAUGAUGGAUAAAGCCGAGUAUUAUUUUAAUUUAAUGAUCGAAGAGAACAAGAUAACACCAACGAUUGAAAUCUUUACAACUUUGAUUAAUCAUCAUUUAAGAUUAUUAAACAUUGAAAGGUCAGAACAAUUUUUUAAUGAAGUAAUUGAAUCGAAUAUUCAACCGGAUAUCGCAACAUUUUCAACCUUGCUAAAAGGAUACCUUAAUGCUGGAGAUACUGUUAGAGCUUUACAAAUUCACGACAUGAUGCGAAAGUAUGAAAUCAUACCGAAUCGAACUUAUAUUACACAUUUAAUGAAGGUUUAUAUUCAAAACAAGGAUUUUGAACAGGCGGAAAAGGUUUACACAAUGAUUGAACAACCCACGACGUCCAGAGCAACAUCAUCAUCAUCUCAGCAAGUAAAUUCUGAUUUAAUUAAAUCCAACAUUAAAAGCUUAACUUUUCAUUUAAAAACUUUAUUGCAAGAGACAAGAGAUAAAAAUUAUGCAUAUGAAUUAUACAAGAAAUAUUUGGAAAAGUUUGACAAUUAUGAAUUGAAGUUUACUCCUGAUACGUACUUUUUUACCAUAUUUAUUUCUUCAUUUGCUCAACAAUUCCUUGACGUUUCUUUGGCCGUUGAAUUAUUUGAAGAAAUGAAACGUCGUGAUAUCAAGCCUUCAAUCGUUACUUAUACUAUAUUAAUUGAUGGUUUUGCUUUAAAAGGCCAGGUUGAUGAGGCCGUGGAAUACUUUGAAAGAAUGAAACAAGAUUCUAUCAACCCUAAUAUUUAUACCUAUACAAGUCUGAUCAAGGCUUGGAUUCAAGUGCGUAGGAUAGAUAAAGUGAAAGAAGUUUAUAAUGAGAUGAUUAGUAAAAACAUUAAACCUGUUAGCGCUACCUUGAGGGCUUUACAAAAAAUUCGACGAGGAGAUUUAAUUGAUCAAACUCCAAAAUCACAAAAGGAAGCUCAUUAUUGGGGUGGUAAAUUAUGGGUAUCAAAAGACGUUGAAACGAUCGAUAGAUUAUUUCAAAGUUUCUUAUUAUCCGUGUCAAAUUCUUUUUCCAAUAAUGAUGAUUAUAAACCUAAUGUUAAAACUUUUCGUUACUUUAUUAAUUGUUAUUUAUUUAAAUACGAAAAUUUAACUAAAGCUUUACAAGUUUUUCAAGAAAUGGUAAAAUUGAAUAUUAAACCCGAUUAUUUAAUUUAUUGUUGUUUUAUUAAAGGUUGUUGUAUGCUAGGUCAAGUUGAAAAAUCAGAUUCUAUAUUAGAAAUCAUGAAAAGUCAAAAUAUCAGUCCCAAUGAUUAUAUUUAUAUUAAUUUAAUAAAAGGUUGGAAAAAAAUUCGAAGAAAAGAUAAAUGUGAAGAAUUGCAUAAAGCAUUAAUGAAAUUUAAGCGAGAGAAGGAAAAGUAUUAA